CUUUCUGUUCCUCCUUUCCCUCUCACCUUCGCCUACAAACGCUCUCAAGUACCUCUCCUAGCACCCCUCUAUGCAUCAGCGGAUCACUUUCGUCCUUUUGCACCUCUUCCUUCGCCGUCGAAAAAAGGACGACACAAAAAGGAUACCCGAUGGAGUGGGGGAAAUCCCUGGAUCCGUAUAAAAUCUGCCCUCACACCCAAGUUCAGACAUAGUUCUCGUUCUGUUCUCGAACAAGCAACAUCAGCAACCGUUUUCGUGUGCCUUUUUGAGUGUUUUGUGAUCAGCAUCAGUGUGUGAUCGUGAUCGUGCCAAAAUGUCUCGAUCGUUUCUUGUGGAUUCGUUGAUCGCCAGUGAUAGCAAGCCUGCGCCAGUGAAGAGUAGCCCAAAUAUGAACUAUUACAGUCAGUUUACCCAGCUGCCGGUGACACCGCCGGCCACGUUGCCCUAUUCGGCCUGUUACGUCGGCAGUUAUCUGUUCUCACUUGGAUUACAACAGCAGCAGCAGCAACAGUCGCAACAUCUGCUGCCUCAUCAUCAUCUCCCAACGAUCGGACAUCUGCCCCAGCCGCAGAACCUCACGCUGGAUUUGUCCCCGAAGCUGUACCAACCCACGGACGUGCAACCCCCGAAGGGUCACCUUUCGCCCAAAGAGGAGUACUACCGAAAGUUGUACCGCUGCGAAAAGACCCCGGAACGCUUCUCGCCGUACUCGUCACCUCCGGCAUCAACCUCCAACCGCUUCUUCCCCUCGGCGUCCACUUCAUCCCAGUCAAAAUCGUCAACGCCAUCGCCUACCCCCCUGGACGUCUCGGCCGGACCACCGACCACCCCAACCUACGCCAUCGACGACGAACUGUCCAGCAAGCGCAUCCGGACGGCCUUCACCAGCACCCAACUCCUGGAGCUUGAGCGCGAGUUCGCCUCCAACAUGUACCUCACCCGUCUCCGCCGCAUCGAGAUCGCCACCCGGCUGCGGCUGUCCGAGAAGCAGGUCAAAAUCUGGUUCCAGAACCGGCGCGUCAAGCGCAAGAAGGGAGACGCCCCACUUUGUACCGAGAGUCCGUGCCGCGGGCAGUCGUCUUCGUCGCAGAGUCAGUGUUGCUGUAAGAGUUCCGGAUGUGGUGGUGGGAGUGCAGGAAGUGGUUCCGAUGGGGAGGACACGAUAAGCGUGGGCGAGCGGGAACAGAAGCCGCAAGUUCAGCUGUUGCAGCAACAGGCGUGGGACUUUAGCAAGGGGUUUCAUUGAGGGGCUAGCAGUGAGCAGUGAUUAGGGCCAGUUUUUUUGGAACCAGUGUUUUGUAGAUAGGAGAAAUUUAGCAUCUUUAAUGAUGAUGAGAUAUAUAUUUUAUAA